AUGUCCAAGUCGGCUAGUUCUACGCGUACUUUAAACCACGCGUCUGCGUUCGGCACACAACAUCGCCAAGAUAUCUUUGGCACUAAUAAAAAAUGUAUGGGUGCGAGUCUACGCCAGCGCAGCAGACGUUAUUCGAAACAAGCAGGAAAGAAAAAACAGAAAACAUCAUACUUGCCGAGGCAGAAAAUAGCAUCCACACACAACACCUCCACCCACCCUCUCGCACAGGAAUCGCGCCGUACACACGGCUGCGACCAUUCUAGCGUGUUUUCUACUUCGCCUCAACGUACAGAAAAUAUCAAUUAG